AUGGCCUCGCCCCUCAUCGAAUUCGUAAAAAUUUCCUUCCCGGCUGCGCGCGCUACACCAGACUUCCGCGGUAGCAUCGAGCGCGAUUUCCGAGUUUUCGACGAGAAAUGCGUAGCUGUUGCGCGAGGAAAUGGGGGUGUGGCGUUUGGGUGGGGGGUUGAUGAGGAGGAGCAAGAGGGUGUUGAGGGGGGGAUGGCGGUGGGGUUUUUUGUCCUGAGGGGGUGGGAGGGGAUGGAGUAUUUUGAGCAACUGGUGGGUACGAGCGAGUUUAAGGGGGCGAUUGAGGGGUUGAAGGGGUGGGGGGCGCCGAUGAACAUGUGGUUUGUGCAGAGGGGAGAGUAG